AUGUCUAGGGAAACACGGGAAUCUACAUUAACAGCAGUGGCAAAAGAAGAAGAUACUGAAGCUAAUGAUAGAUGUCAAGGCAAGCACGUUAUUCCGAAGUGGGGCUCUGCAAACCCGAAGCGAUCCAGGUUCCCGUUUGAGAAAACGGAAGGAAUAUUCUGGCCCGUAGUGCAGCCUUUCGAUGCCAUAAAUAUUGAGAACAGAGACCACCUUCUCCUGAUCGUUCCGCUAUCGUUCGUCUGCACAAAGCCGGCCGCCCACCCGCCACGAUCGCUAAGCACCUCGGCAUCCACCGCAGCGUCGUGUAUCGCACACUCCAACGUAUCGAGACAAUUGGUGGACUCCAAGACCGUCGAAGAAAGGGAAGACCUCGUACUGUCUCGCACGCCGAAGGUCGUCGAGGCCGUCAGAAAGCGGAUAGCAAGAAACGCGACUCGGAGCAUCUCGACGAUGGCUCGCGACAUGGGAAUCUCGCGGAAGUCAAUGGAAAGGGUCGUCCACGAAGACCUUAAGAUGUACCCCUACCGUACUCGGAAGGCCUCCUCAGCGCCUCGAAUCAGCAGACGCCAGUCAAGAAGUGCCGACAGCUUUUGCUUCGGACGCGCAACAAGGGCCACCAUUCGAUCGUCUUUUCGGAUGAGAAGCUCUUCACCGUCGAGCAGCAGUUCAACGCUCAGAACGUCAGAGUGA